GUCACACGGCACUGUGAUGGAGUUCCGACGUCAGCCCCCCACCCCCCGGUACUGACUCUGCCCGUGCAGCGCCCGGGGACUCUCCGUAUCAGCUGUUCCAGAGUCCAGCCCUCACUGGGGAGCUCGCCCCUCCUCGUUACCUCACGGUGAUAGGCCCACUCUCCUGCCAAUCAUGGGAGAAGGCUGGCGCUCGGGGCCGUUCUGGGCGCUGAGACAGGCGUGGCCUAUCAAAGGUUGAGCGGAGCGCAGCGUGUUUCCCUUCGCACGCGCAGCCGGCAGGUGCCGCGAGCCAGGUACUGGGGCUUGUCGCUUCCGGGGAGGGGCAGCUCUCCUUCCCCCGCUCCCGGGUGCCCGCCCCAGCAUUUGAAAUGACUGCCCACCUGACCAUAUGGGAAGAUGUUUUGCACAAUGAGCAGCUCAUUCCAGAGGUAGCUGCAAUCGCUGUGGAUGCAGCAUUGCUUGAAGGAGUUCUGAUGAGGACCAAAGAGGAACCCAGUUCAUCGAAUGUGGUGAAUUAUGCUCCCUUUACAUUGCUCCCAUCUGUAGUACCAAGCACCAUCUUUGAACAAGCCUAUGCUGUUCAGCAAGAUUUUAACCUACUUGUGGAUACUAUUAGCCAGAACGCGGAAUUCCUGGAACGCACUCUUGCUAGCACCAUCAAAGUGGAUGAUUUCACAGCUCAUCUCUUUAAAAUCUACAAGCAAGUUCUGAAAGAAGGGUUUGCUCAGUCAGUAUUCUUAGGAAUAAAUCGCUCUGAUUAUAUGAUUGACCAUGGCGCAGAUGGCACUCCAGCACUGAAGCAAAUCGAAAUAAACACCAUUGCUGCCAGCUUCGGAGGCCUUACUUCAAGAACCACCGCUGUGCAUCGGCACAUAUUGAAUGUUUUGGGGAAGUCCAAGGAAGCCUUGAAGUUACUGGACAAUAAUCCAUGCAAAGGGAUUGCCUUGGGCAUUGCGAAAGCUUGGGAACUCUAUGGUUCAGCCAGGGCUGUGGUGAUGGUCCUGGUUGCAGACACCCAAAGGAAUAUUUUUGACCAACGCUGCGUAGAAAAUGAGCUGUGGACCAGGAAUAUCCGGGUGAUCCGGAGGCAGUUUGAAGAUGUGUUUGAAAAGGCAUCUUUAGAUAAUGACAGGAGACUGUACAUGGAAGGCCAAGAGAUUGCAGUGGUGUAUUACAGAGAAGGUUACAUGCCAGAGAACUAUAACAAACAGAACUGGGAGGCACGGUUGUUGAUUGAAAGGUCCAAAGCAGUCAAGUGUCCUGACAUUGCUACCCAGCUUGCUGGGACCAAAAAAGUUCAGCAGGAGCUGAGCCAGCCAGGAGUCGUGGAGAGAUUACUGCCCAGCCAGGCUGAGGCGGUUGCUCGGAUAAGAGCGACAUUUACUGGCCUCUAUUCCCUGGAUAUGGACGAAGAAGGUGCUAAGGUGGUUGCAAUGGCCAUUGCUGAUCCAGAACGAUAUGUCCUAAAGCCUCAGCGGGAAGGCGGAGGGAACAAUCUCUAUGGGGAAGAGCUCAAGCAACUUCUGGAGAAGAUUAAAGACAGCCCUGAGAGGGCCUCCUAUAUCCUAAUGGAUAAGAUCACACCUCAGACAUCGAUGAAUUACUUGCUCAGGGCUCACAGUCCCCUGAAAAUAUCAGAAUGUGUCUCUGAGUUGGGGGUCUUUGGCAUCUACGUCAGGCAGGGGAAGGACAUUGUGGUGAAUAAGCACGUUGGUCACCUCUUGCGAACCAAGGCAAUUGAGCAUGCAGAUGGCGGGGUGGCAGCUGGGGUGGCUGUACUGGAUACUCCCUAUGUGAUAUGAAGAGGAUACCUCCCACAUCUGUUGCCCUAACUGCUGCCAGAAGAGCUGUGAUUUCCUUUAGGGUUUGAUUACUUCAGUGUCUUGAUAAAUGUCUGUAAUCAGGACCGCAGGGACAUGCCCUCCUUGUGAUCAGUGGGCCAGGAGGGGGAAUGUGCAAUCACACUUGUACCAAAUACUUUUGUGCUACUCACCCCCCCCCCCUUUCUUGUCUUUCCUUUUUAAUUCUUCCCUCAGUCUUGAGUUCUCAUCUCAUCUUUUUGCCUUAUUGAUAAGGAGUUGGGAUUUCCCUAUGUACCCUCUUCAAGACACUACAGCUGCUCAGUCGCUCCUUAAGUGCCUGAUCCCAGAGGGUUAAAUGUGCCUUCCACAUUUCCUGCUUCUCAGUUAGUUGCUACCUAUGAGGGCAUUUGCUUUCUGGCCAAAGGAAAGGAAGAUGGAGAACAAAAAUGAGGGUAGAUGGAUUUAGUUAAGGGCUCCCUCCCCCAAUGCUGCUAGCCUUUGUAUCAGAGAGAGAGCCUGGAGCACAGGGCCUGGUGUGAGGCCUAAACCAAAGUCAACAAAAAAAAGCUAUGAGCGAAAUUCAUUCUCUUAAAAAGCAGAUGCUUGCUUACACGUUCACUGUCUGGUAAAUGAACGAGGCAAAGCAGAGCUAGCAUUGCUAAAACACAGGCAUUCCGAAGAAGUUUUAGGUACAGGGUAUUAAUGUAAACACAUUCCAGAAGGCUAGUACAGGUACACCACAACAUAGUUAUGGAAUAAACACAAUCCUAGGAGAUUGUACAGAGAAACACUAACCCCAAGUAGGACAAAGAGAGGAGGCUAAAAUGAUGGAUGGAGAUGUCUUGUUCAAACCAGCACGAACAAGGUGUAGGGUUGGUAACUAACCAUGACGGGAUUGUAAUACAUAACUUGAUUGUAUCAGUGUAUAAAAGGAGAAAUUAUAGGGGGGGCAAUAGAAAAUCCUGCUGCUGACUGAGCUGAGCCCAUGUCACUGGGCACUCAUAGCAUACAUGUAACCAUAGAGCCAGGGUGCUAAUGCUGUGUCUUAAGGGAAAUAAACCUGGCCGAGGGCCUUUGCCACCAAA